AUGCCGGCCCAGCCCGCGUACGACCAGCCGGCCGCCGCACCGGCGCCCGCACCCGCCUCCUGCAUCAUCGGCGAACAGCUGUCGGUCGACCAUUCGCAACACGACGACGACGACUCUACCGACCUGCUGGGCUCCACCACCACUUCGCUGUCCGAAAGCGUCACCGACUACCGCUAUGCCCAUGGCCGUCGUUAUCAUGCCAUCGAAGACGGCGGCUAUUCGCUGCCGAAUGACGACGAAGAGAUUGAUCGCUUGAAUCUCCAGCACCGCGUCUGGGACAUCGCCCUCAGCGGUACCCACUAUCUUGCACCCCUGGACCUUGAUUCCGUCCACGACGUUCUCGACGUCGGUUGUGGCACCGGUGGUGAGCGCUGCCUCUUCCUCCUCCCAUUCGAACUAAUCCCGACGACGCCUGCAGCCUGGUGCAUUGAACUCGCCGACGAACACCCUCAUCUUCGUGUGCUUGGCACCGAUCUCUCCCCAAUUCAGCCCAACAAUGUGCCUCCCAAUUGCGAGUUCCUUGUUGAUGAUGCUAAUGCCGACUGGACUUUCGGAGAGCGGUUUGAUUAUAUCCACACUCGCGCUGUGCUGCUGGGCAUUAAGAAUUGGGACAAACUGAUCAAACAGUCCUUCCAGAGCCUGCGUCCGGGUGGAUGGGUUGAGUUCCAGGAGUUCCACGUCCCAAUUGGCUGUGAUGACGGCAGCGCUGGCCCCGAUGCUGCUGUCACGAGAUGGAGCCACAGCAUGUACGAGGCAUUCAAGAAUCUGGGCAUCGACUCCAUGGCCACUUCGAAUUUCCGAGCCCUCUUGGAAAAGCAUGGCUUCGAGUCGAUCGGGGAAACUCAUACUAAAUUCCCCCUUGGUCCUUGGGCGAAAGGGGAGAAAGAGAAGACUAUGGGAAUCCUGUUCCAAAGGGACAUCGCAGGCAACUUGCAGGGUCUGUCUGUGAAGGUGCUGACCAAUGGCCUUGGUUGGUCCGAAGAGGAAGUAGAGGAACUUGUCCGCAAAGCAAAGAGCGAUCUCUAUAAUCCCCAGAUCCACAGCUAUUUCCCCGUUGACGUAUUUUGGGCACGCCGCCCUGCGUAG